AUUCUUCGACGUGCGCACCGUUGUGUUCCCCGUGGCGGUCGCCUCCCGACAGGAAUCGGUCUCGCGAAGUAGUAUCGCCAUCGUAUUGACGCUCUGCCUGCGUCGAGAAAAUUCAUUUUCAAAAACCUCACCCCUCCACUAGGACAAUGGUUCUAGUUUUUGGUGAAAACCACUACCGACCAUCCACUUGGAUACGCGACAUUGUACAUUACACUAUUUUAUUUUGGUGCCCAUUGGACAUCAAAGAUCAAUCUAAAAUGUGCAUUAAUAAUUUUUCAUAGGUCGUAGAAACCACGGUCUCAUCUUCUAAGACCGCGGUAGAAACAAUCGAUAUUCACCCCGAUGAAAAAUAUAAAGUUUUUAUAACAUGCCUGUCACUCUGAAUUAUUAAUAACAAGAUUUAUUUCUUGAAUGAUAUAAUAGUGCUCAUGCCGUGUGUCACAACCAUUCUGUUCAAGGUUUAUCAAAUUGUAUUUUGCUCAAAACCGUUCCGAAAAAUCACAGAGGAAACCUAGAAAUGACUUAUUCUUAAUAUCCUGGAGUCCUUCCGCAUUACACGAUAUAUUUAAAAUACUAUAGAAACUAAAAUUACAUGUCAUUUUUGGUAUCUACACAUUUCCUUUGCUAAAAAUAAAUAUUAUCGUUGUGAAACCAAUACUUUUCUGGCUUCGAUCGGGUUUUGAAAUAAAAUAACAUAAUUUUUGUGUGGUCAACAAACUAUAUCUGUUCAGUGGUUUACCAAUUUUAAACUGGCCUUUACAAAUUAUUUGUCAAUACGUCAUAUGACUGAACGACGAUCGACUGACUUUAUUCAUUUUAUUUUUUCAAAUUUGUAAACGAUUUAUAUUUGAAAAAUAAUUUAAAACCUAAAGACAUUACAAUCAUGAUUUCAUGUAUGAGCAAUUGGUCUGUAGUCCAUUUGACGUCUUCUCCAAAUAUCUCAUUAAUUAUCGUUCGAUUCCUUUCUUGAUAAAAAACGUAGAACUUUUAUGAAUAGAUAACGGCACGUGAUUAGAUUAGAUUGUAUGUUUACAAAAAGAAGAAAAAAAAUCAGUUUCUUAUUUACUUCAUAGAAUAGAUUAAAUCUUUUUAAUCUAUUCUGUGGUUAUUAUUAGGUACAUGAUAAAAAUAACUAAUUUUUUCAUGAUAACCUGUAGACUAUAGAUCUUAAUCGGUCUAUAUAUAUGGAAUUUGGGUUAAUAUGGUAUCGAUUUCCCUCAAACAAGUUCUAGUUUGUAUAUCAUUUUUUAAUACCUUGACAUUAUAUCCAAUACCUAUAAGUAUCAUUUGAUAAGUAAUCAAGGUCAUAUAUGAUCAAUAUCUUAGUUGUUUAUGAAAUACAGAAAUGCAAAAGGUUCAAGUAAUCAAAAAAUGUUGAAAUAAUUGUUGUGUUCAGGACUAAGCUGAAAUUUUAUUAUUUUACAAAAAUGGACUGGGAAUCUUUUUAUGAUGCACAUCCUUCACCAUCAAAUUAUGAACCCACUAUAACUGCUGUGGAAAAUUUUGUGUGCAGCCAUGAAAAUAAAAAAAUUGUAUUGGUAACUUCUGGAGGAACUACUGUUCCAAUUGAACAAAAUACUGUUCGGUUUGUUGAUAACUUCAGUGUUGGAACUAGAGGUUCGGCCUCUGCUGAAUAUUUUCUUGAAGCUGGAUAUAUUGUUAUAUUUCUUUAUCGUUCAAAUUCAUUAGAACCAUUUGUUCGACAUUUCAAUAAUUCACUUUUGGAUAAACUAGAGAUAGUGGAUGAUAAAUUAAUUCAAGUAAAAAAUAGUGAAUUUGAUAUUCUUUACCCUAUAUUGAAAAAAUACAAGGAUGCCAAAGAAGCUAACAGAAUCCUAACAGUUCCUUUCACUACACUGAUUGAAUAUAUGUGGCUACUAAGAGGUGCUUGUAUGCUUAUGGAUACCAAAUAUAGCUUACUCUACUUGGCUGCUGCUGUUUCAGACUUUUACAUACCUCCUAAUGAAAUGUCUGAACAUAAAUUUCAAUCCAAAGAUGGACCACCUAUGAUUGCUUUACGUUUGGUUCCCAAAGUCUUAAAGGCUGUUACUCAUAUUUGGGCUCCAAAUGCAUACAUAAUAUCUUUUAAAUUGGAGACUGAUAAUAGAAUUUUAAUACAAAAAUCUAAAGAAGCUCUAAAAAAAUAUAAACAUCAACUUGUUAUUGGUAAUUUGUUACACACAAGGAAACGUAAUGUCAAGUUGAUAUCUCAAGAUGAUGUUGUUGAAGACAUUGUACUGACUGACCAAGAUAUUGAAAACGGUAUUGAAAUUGAAGAUUUAAUAGUAUCAAAUGUCAAAGCCAAGCAUGAUAUCUUUUUAAAAAGUCAUAAAUAAUGAUAAUAUAAUUUAUGUACUAAAUUUUAGAAGUGUUAAGAUUUUGGUUUUUUCUUAAAAUUGUUAUUUAAACAAUGUAUUUUGGUGUCUCAGUUAUUUAUUAGCAAGUUUAAGAGAUCUUGA